AUCCAAUGAAGGUAAAUUAGGGUAACUCGGAAAAUGAUGCAGCGCCCUAACCCCCACACAAAAUGAUGAGAGAGAGACCAGAAAGGGCAACAUCCAUUAUCGUCAAUGCUUGAUUCAUUAAUUUAAGUUGCUGAGAAGUUGCAGUGAUUUUAUGGGUCUGCUUACAAACAGAGUGGAGAAGCAUGAAAUCAAACCUGGGGAUCAUAUCUACACUUACAGAGCCGUCUUUGCUUACUCCCAUCACGGUAUCUUUGUUGGGGGUAGCAAAGUGGUGCAUUUCACCCGUGUUGGAAACACUUCCAGCUCCAACUCUGAAGUAUACGACGAAAGUGAAGAAUGUCCGACCUUUCCCGACUGUGGAUUCAGGCAGCCAGAUAGCGGAGUUGUCCUCUCUUGUCUAGAUUGCUUUCUCCGCAAUGGCUCCCUUUAUUGCUUUGAGUAUGGAGUGACCCCGUCUGUGUUUAUUGCUAAAGUGCGUGGAGGCACCUGCACAACUGCUGCAUCCGACCCUACUGACAUGGUCAUUCACCGAGCAAUGUAUCUGCUCCAGAAUGGAUUUGGGAACUACGAUGUGUUUCAGAACAACUGUGAGGACUUUGCCCUUUACUGCAAGACGGGGCUACUCACUGUUGACCGGCUUGGGGUUGGAAGAAGCGGGCAGGCCUCCUCUGUGAUCGGAGCACCAUUGGCAGCUCUCCUUUCGUCCCCUUUGAAAUUCCUAGUGCCUAGCCCGGUUGGGAUGGCUACAGUGACCGCAGGGAUGUACUGUGUGAGCAGGUAUGCCACAGAUAUUGGAGUCCGUACGGAUGUCAUCAAGGUGGCAGUGGAGGAUCUAGCCGGGACUGUCCGUUGGGAGAAUAAUGAAGGAGUAGCUGCACAAGAUGCAAUUUUAGAAAGACAACUUCUCAGAUAGCAUUCAUGUACUCAACAAACUAUUAUCAUUCACACAACUGGAUUAUGCUAUCAAUUGAUUCUCUUUUUCUAGCUA